ACUCAAUGAAUGCAUAGUUAAUAUCUGAUGACAAUUAUUGGUGUUUUCAUUGCUAUUGAGCACUGAUUUUGGUUAUAAUUAGGUGUGAAAUGUUUGCCACAAUUCACUAUCAAUUCAUUCAAUUCACAUGUUUUGCGUAAAUGAGUGCCAAAAUUGAUAUAUAUUUUGAUGAGUGCUUAAUAUAUGUGUGAAUUUUAGCCAUCGAUUGAUUUGUAUUGAUUAGCGUUUGACUAUUGAAUCGGCGAAGAAGUUGGGAAGCGAUGGACGGAAUCGAGUCCUCUCGGGUCCGGAUGUUGACCAUAGAGUGGGAAAUGAUGAACAAACGGCGCUUCUUCGCCCUCUCGGCCAUCAACUCUUUGGGUCUCAGAUGUGUGUUAUAUCCUCUAACUGUCAUCAAAACACGUCUUCAGGUCCAAAGACAUGGAGAGAUGUAUAGAGGUUUUUGGAUAAAUUCAGUUCAAGUGGUUUCCGGAAUCGGUUAUAUCUUAACGUAUGAGAAGGUUAGAGAUAUUCUCUCCAAAAAUGACAUUCAUGACAGUCGUCUCAAAGGGUUGAUCGCCGGAGGUCCAUUUGAUGUGAUAUCACAACAUCUGAUGUUAAGCGGCCAGAAGAGUAAAAGCACUCAAACUAUACCUAAAUUACAAGUAGAUCCAAAUCAAAUGAAAGGUUUUGGAGCCGCAAAACACGUUAUUAAAGAACUCUAUAGAAUAGACGGCGGACUCAAAGCCUAUUAUAGGGGAUAUUUCUCAUCGGUAGCCACAUAUGUGCCCAGUAGUGCCCUUUGGUGGAUGUUUUACCCCAUGUUUUCUGAAAACAUAAUGCCUUUAUUUCCUGAGAAUACACCGCUUAUGUUAAUUCAAUGCACGUCCGGAUCUAUCUCUGGGAUGACUGUCGCAGUCAUAACCAAUCCAUUGGAUGUGUUGAGAGCCAACAUUCAGGUGCGAAGAAUCGUCGGUUCAUAUAUAUUAGCGAUGAAACAGCUCUGGGCUGAAGAGCACUUCAAUAUAUUUAAGAAGGGAUUGUCGGCCAGAAUUACUCAAAGCUGUAUAUCGUCUGCUUUUAUAGUCGCAGUCUCUAUCACUACAGCCACAGCUCAGCAAUGCCUGACUUAA